AUGGCGGCAGGAAACCAUUCCUCAGUGACUGAGUUCAUCCUGGCUGGGCUAACAAAGAAGCCAGAACUCCAGCUGCCCCUCUUCCUCCUCUUCCUGGGAAUCUACAUGGCCACAGUAGUGGGAAACCUGGGCAUGAUCACACUUAUUUGGCUCAGUUCUCACUUGCACACCCCCAUGUACUAUUUCCUCAGCAGUCUGUCCUUCAUUGACCUCUGCCAUUCUUCUGUUGUUACGCCCAAAAUGCUGAUAAAUUUUUUGUCAGAGAGGAAUAUCAUCUCCUACCCAGCAUGCAUGACUCAGCUCUACUUCUUCCUUGUUUUUGUUAUAUCAGAAUGCCAUAUGCUGGCUGCAAUGGCAUAUGAUCGCUAUGUCGCCAUCUGUAAUCCACUGCUUUAUAAUGUCGUCAUGUCUUAUCAGGUCUGUUCCUGGAUAGUAGUUGGAGUUUAUUUCAUGGGCUUGGUUGGUGCCACAGCUCAUACAGUCUGCAUGCUAAGAGUGUUUUUCUGUAAGACUGAUAUAAUCAACCAUUACUUCUGUGACCUUUUCCCACUACUGGAGCUCUCCUGUUCUAGUACUUUUAUCAAUGAAGUAGUAGUUCUGUGCUUCAGUGCAUUUAAUAUCCUCUUCCCCAGCCUGACCAUCCUUGCUUCCUACAUCUUCAUCAUUGCCAGCAUCCUCCGCAUUCGCUCCACUAAAGGUAGGUCCAAAGCCUUCAGCACAUGCAGCUCCCACAUCUCGGCUGUUACUGUCUUCUUUGGAUCUGCAGCGUUCAUGUAUCUGCAACCAUCAUCCGUCAGCUCCAUGGACCAAGGGAAAGUGUCUUCUGUGUUUUACACUAUUGUGGUGCCCAUGCUGAAUCCUCUCAUCUACAGCCUGAGGAAUAAAGAUGUCAAAGUAGCCAUAAAUAAGUUCCUUGAAAAAAGAUGUUUUCUGUAA